AUGCGCCGCCACUUUGGCACGCACGCGCGGCAUACUACUGACCUGCCCUGCAGCGUGCCUCACUUCCCCCAAGAAGACGCCAAGCUCCGCGCGACAAAUCUCACGAUCCGCAGGGGAGGCAACUGCCCGAACUCACUCGAGGUGCUCCAGCAGCUCGUUACAGACAAAGACAAUACGCAACUGCACCUCGUGUCGUGUCUGCCGCGCCGGGAUGCCCCCAGCACCAGGAGAAUCAUCUCGUCAUUCGGGCCUGACACCAGAGUCGAUUUCCGGCACUGCAUAUAUAGGGAGGGGUAUACGGAGGCUGCGAGCAGCUACAUCAUCAGAAGCCAGCAGAGCAAUAGCCGCACCAUUGUGAAUUACAACCAUUUGCCGGAAAUGACGUGCCAUGAGUUUGCCCAAGUGGUGGACGGCUUUGAUGGGCAUGAGCCGACAUUGUGGCACUUCGAGGGCCGCAUCCCGGAGACUACCCUCGCAUGCAUGCGUCUGCUCCGACAGAAGCUGCCCGAAGCAAACAUCAGCGUCGAGGUUGAGAAGCCCGGAAGAGAGGGACUAUCACAACUCGCCCAAGAAGCCGAUGUUGUCUUUUAUUCUCGGGUGUGGGCAGAGAGCCGAGGACACAGGUCUGCCAAAGCAUGUCUCACAAAAGAACGCCGCCAUCAAGGAUCACUCGGAUUGUGCACUUGGGGUGCAGACGGGGCGACUAUCAUGUCUCAGGCAACCGGAGCCUGUCUUCACUGCCCCGUGGAGAGCGAGUCUGGCCAAAUAUCCGUUAUAGAUCCUGUCGGCGCUGGCGAUACAUUCAUUGCCGGAAUGCUUCUCAGCUUGAUACGCAACGACUGGCCCUUGUCGGAUAUCGGCAAAGCAGCAUCAUUUGCUGUAAGGCUAGCAACCUUGAAAGUCCAGAGAGAAGGUUUCGGAGGACUUGGGCUGGAUAUUGCGUCACGAUAG